UAGGAUUAGUUCUAGUCGUAUCACCGUCCGAACAACAGCAUCAUGCUAGAAACCGGAAGUAUUCUCAGCAGUAUCAUCACCGUUGUCGGGGUGUACGCGUGUGUUCAGUAUCUCUACGAUAACCUCAAAUCACCGCUGGAAAUCCUCUAUGAUUUGUGUUUUCGGAGAAAGCAACAUUUUUGCAAACGAUACGGAGAAUGGGCUGUGAUUACAGGGUCUUCCGAUGGCAUUGGCAAGGAGUACGCCAAAAAUAUUGCCGGCAAGGGAAUGAAUAUAAUGUUGCUGUCAAGAACCGCUUCGAAGAUGAGCGCAUUGGCGGAGGAAAUUCGAACUAAACACAGAGUUGAGGUUAAAUGGAUGGCCGUUGACUUCGCCGAAGGUCCGUCGGUGUACGAUGAGAUUCGGCCCGAGCUUGAGAAUUUGGACAUUGGAAUGUUAGUGAACAACGUGGGAAUAAUUCACGAAAAUCCGCUCACUUUGGACGAACUUUCCCAACAAGACCUGGAGCAGAACGUUUCGGUGAAUGUGUGUCCCACGAUCCGAUUAACUCACAUGGUUCUGCCGGGAAUGAAACGUCGCCGACGGGGCAUUGUGGUGAACAUUACCUCUGCUUCCGGGUACAUUCCGAUUCCGUACAUUCAACUGUACGCCGCCUCGAAGGCAUACCUGAACAGUUUGACGAUAAGCUUGCAGCAGGAACUGCGCGGAACCGGCGUCGAAUGUCAGCUGGUCACCCCGAUGAUGGUGGACACCAACCUGAACAGGCAGUGGCAGUCGUUGAAUUUCUGGAGAUUGAUCACUGUUGAUGUGGAACGGUACGCUAGGAUGGCCGUUUGGACGAUUGGCAAGGUGGAAGUUACGACGGGUUACUGGUAUCAUGCUCUCCAGUUGACAUUGCUAAGAAUUCCUCCACGUUGGACUUUGCCAGUCUGCAAAGGGAUUUUUCUGCGCUACCUCAGGGGGAACGUUUUUGCUAACAAGUGAAAAAGUGGCAUUGAAAUAAAUAUUUCUUUAUUUAUUGUAUGGUAAUAUUCAACAAGCAGUAUUUCCAAAGAUGAUUUCUGUAAAUCGGCAUGUUAUUCAUUCAUGAACAAAGUGAUAUGUGAAAUAAA